UGCAAUCCGCAGAAAAUGCCACCCCUCUUAUUCUCUUCAACCGAGGAGCUACACUAUCUCUUUUGAUCCUUCGUGGACAUCCAUCAAUACCCAAAAGCCCACGAUAACAAAUCUACUCUCCAUUUAACGAAAAGUACACUGUUAUCUCAUUCAAAUCUAUCAAGCGUUUUCAUUUCUUUGCUAAAAAGAUCUGUCUCCUCACACCUGUUGACAUAAACACAGGUUCUUUCUCUCUCCCUCUCCGCCUCCCCUCACGCCUUGUCUUUGUUUGAACGUUAACGAGUCGUAGCGCUUAACGUUUCUAUUUUCUAGUCUAUACCUGCAGAAAGUUGCUGCAUUGCAACAUGCUCAAACAAAUUCUAAGCAAAAUCCCAAGGAAGUCUUCAAAGUCUGAUUCAUUUGAUUCUGCUGGAAUUGGUACCACCAAAUGGGAUAAUGCAGCUCCAUGUACAAAAGGGGGGAAUUCAUUUUCAAGUCGAUUAAAUGUUGUCAAACAUGUGUCUUCAGCAGUUUUUCCUUCUAGCAUCAUGACUGGGGUGGAGGCUGUGGAGCCCCACGUAUCCUUCAAAGAUGUUUCAAAUCAACAGAAGCAAAAUCUUUUUAUCAGUAAAUUAAACUUUUGUUGCAAAGUUUUCAAUUUCAAUGAUCCAGAUAAAAUUGUUGCUCAGGAAGAUAUUAAACGCCAAACACUGCUAGAGCUUGUUGAUUUUGUUUCAUCUGGAUCCGCAAAAUUUACUGAACCUGCUAUUACUGCAAUGUGUAAGAUGUGUGCAAUUAACCUUUUUAGGGUUUUCCCACCAAAGUAUCAUUCCAAUAACACAGUUUGGGAAAAAGAGGAUGAAGAACCAAUGUUCGACCCUGAUUGGUCACAUUUACAAUGUGUGUAUGAUCUACUACUUCGGUUUGUAAGUUAUGUUGAUCCAAAGGUGGCAAAGAAGUAUGUAGAUCAUGCUUUCGUUAUGAGAUUACUAGACCUCUUUGAUUCUGAGGACCCAAGAGAAAGAGACUGUUUGAAAACAAUUAUGCAUAGGAUUUAUGGGAAUUUCAUGGUACACCGACCUUUUAUCCGAAAAGCUGUUGGCAACAUUAUCUAUCAUUUUAUUUUUGAAACUGAAAGUCAUAAUGGAAUUGCUGAGCUAUUGGAGAUUUUUGGAAGUGUUGUUAGUGGGUUUGCCUUGCCAUUGAAAGAGGAACACAAGAUGUUUCUAUGGAGAGCUUUGAUUCCUCUACACAAGCCAAAAUCGGUGGGUGUCUACCACCAACAAUUGACAUAUUGCAUUGUACAGUUUAUAGACAAGGAUCCAAAGUUGGCUGGUAUUGUGAUUAGGGGUCUGCUGAAAUACUGGCCACUGACCAACAGCCAGAAGGAAUUGAUGUUUGUUAGUGAGAUAGAAGAGAUUUUGGAAAUGACUAGCAUGGAUGAGUUUCAGAAGAUCAUGGUCCCACUGUUUCGACGAAUAGGAUGCUGUCUCAAUAGCUCACAUUACCAGGUGGCUGAACGAGCUCAUUUUCUAUUGAACAAUGAGCGAAUCCUAAAUCUUAUUGCGCAAAACAGGCAUGUGAUUGUGCCUCUUCUCUUCUCAGCUCUUGAGCGGAACACCCAGAAUCAUUGGAAUCAAGCGGUUCUCAACCUAACACAGAACAUUAGGAAGAUGUUGUGUGAGAUGGAUGAAGAGCUAAUGGUAACCUGCCAACGGAAGUUGGAAGAGGAGGAUUCAUUGUCAAGUUUGAAAGCUGAGAAGCGGAGAUUGACAUGGGAACGCCUUGAAAAUGCUGCUGGUUUCCAAUCUUCAGCUGAUAAAAUUUUGGCUCCAGUAAAACCUGCAGUAUGUUCUGUUGCCUGCUAAUAGAACAAGCAACACAGUUGGCUAACAAAAAUAUAUUGGCCCCCCGGAUUGCCAUACAGAAAUCGGUUCUUGAUGUAGGUGGAGUUUGGGAUAUGCUAGUAGGCUUUGCAUCUUUUGCUAAGGUGUUUGUAUUAUAAUUGUUAGUAAUGCUGCUGCAUAGAAGGUCUGUUUGGCAGUCAGGUGUGUUGGCUGCACUGUUGGAAGGGCCCCAUAGCUUGCAGUUAAGUGUAUUGACAUCUCUUGUAUCAUCUCCCAAGGGCUAAUUGUUUGUGCCCAUGUUAUAUUCUUGUUAAGAGCUGUGAGCUGUCUCUUUCUCUGAUAAUGGAGAUGCUUCUGCUAUCCUAAUGUAACCCCUGCGAGGAUUAGAUAUUCUAGCUGUUUGCUUUCUUGCAC